AUGGGAAGCACAAAGGAUGAACUCGAGGAUUUCACUGAAGCAGAGAAGAUUCAAGAAGUACCUGGUGACUCUGGAUCAUUUUACCUUGAAUACAAAUCAGAUUCAGAAAGAGGUGCAACAGAUCAUUUUACUAAGUGGGUGGAGGCUAUCCCCGCUAAGAAGGUAAACUCAGAGGUAGUAUGUAAUUUUCUCAAAGAUUGCAUUUUAGUCCAUUUUGGAGUUCCUCAGAAGAUUAUCAUUGAUAAUGCAUCAUAUUUAUCUUCAGAAAAAUUGACCAUGUUCUAUUUUGAACAUCAAAUUACUCUUUCACACUCCUCUGAUUACUUCUCACAAGGUAAUGGGUUGGCAGAAUCGAGUAACAAGAACUUGGUAGAAAUCAUGAAGAAGUUAGUUGAUGAUAACACCCAGAACUGGCAUAAAAAGUUAUAUGAAGCCUUAUGGGCAGAUAGAAUUACCCCUAAAAGAGAAAUUGUAAUGGCAACCUAUGAAUUGGUGUAUGGGAUUGGUGCAAGGAUUUCUUUACCUUCAGAAUUGGUAGCAACAAAGCUUCAAACUGUAAUUGAGGACUCCUUCCAAAAUGCUCUAGAAAAGAGAGUCAUGUAUUUGACAAACUUGGAAGAGGAAAGGGAGAUGAUAGUGGAUAGAAUUACUAAACAUCAGAAUAGGGUGAAGAAAAUAUUUGAUAUGAAGGCUUGA